AUGGGGGCCCUGACGUUCUGGCUAAUGAUAUUGGGGAAUUUUUUUGUCCAGAAGAUUGAGCGCAUCCAUGCUGAGUUUGAUUCUUCUGCCCUUGAAACAGGCCAUUCGUCUAGAUCUGUCCCAGAAUUUACUGAGCUGAUGUCCCGAUUUGAUUCCUUUGACAUCUUAAAUGAAGAAAAUGUCAAAGACUUGAUAUCUAAAUCAAGUAAAAAAUCCUGUACUUUGGACCCAAUGCCCACUUCAUUGGUUUUAAAAUGUCAAGAUAUUCUCCUUCCUGUGAUUACCAGGAUGAUCAAUCUAUCAUUGCAAUCUGGUGUGUUUUGUGAUGAAUGGAAGCAAGCAUUAGUUCAGCGGCCACAGCUUAAAAAAUCAAAAACAUAUUUGAGAAUAUUCGCCCUAUCAGUAAUCUGA